CACACCCAAGGAUCCCCUCACUGCUCCACCGCCACUGUUUCCCACACAGUUUUUUUGUGUGUGUGUCCUUUCGCUUUCUGCCUCCACCCUCUCCAACUACUAGCACACGCACGUAUAAUUUUUGGUUUUGCUUGGUGCUCCCUCGGCAGAGGAGAUGCUGGUCUGACCCUGUUGCUGAGACUUCCUCGGAUUUCUCCGACCUUUUCUCUCCUGCUUUGCUGCUACCUGUGGAGGUUUCCGUCGCCUCUCCGGUCCUCAGCAGAGCGCAGCGGCAGGGAGCCAUGCUGGGUCUGGACGUGUGUGAGCUGGGGGGUCAGGUGCUGGAGCUGCUCUGGUUGACCAUGUGCUACAGAGGUCUUCUGGCUGACAAGAGCAAUCUGGCCAUCGAGGAGGAAGAUGAGGACAGGAACCUGAACUACAAUCCCCCAGCUCAGAAGUCGCUGCAGGAGAUCCAGGAAAUGGACAAAGAUGAUGAAAGUCUGGUGAAGUACAAGCAGACCCUGCUGGGGCCAGAGGCGAUGAGUCCAGACCUGACCGAACCCAACGUCAGAGUGACCAGACUCGUCCUGCUGUGUGACGACGCUCCUGAACCAAUCACCAUGGACCUCACAGGAGAGCUGAGCACUCUGAAGGAGACCAGCUUCACCUUACAGGAAGGAGCCAAAUACAGGCUGAAGGUUUACUUCAAGGUGAACAGAGAUAUUGUGUCUGGCCUGAAGUAUCGUCAAGUGACCUACAAGAAAGGAGUACGAAAGAACACCGCGGUGUGCAUGAUGGGGAGCUACGGCCCACGAGCAGAAGAGCAGGAGUUCCUGUGUCCCGCUGACGAGGCGCCUAAGGGGAUCAUCUCCCGAGGUCAAUAUGCGGUCAAGUCCUGCUUCACUGACGAUGACAAGAACGUCUACCUAUCUUGGGAAUGGAUCCUCAACAUCAGCAAGGAUGGGAAUUAACGGGGGAGUGUGAGGAUGAUGAUGCUGAAUGCUUUCCCUUCUUCCUCUCCUGCUUUUUAUUUACCAUAUCCUGCCGCUGUGUCAUCUUCUUCCUUUCUAUAACUGCGCUUGCUCAGACAGGAAGCUCUGUUUGCAGGUGUCUUCUCACAUUUUCUUUGUGCUUUCUUCUUUUCUAGGUUAUCUGAAUAAAUCCUAAAGAGGUUUAUGCUUUUUAUUAACAAAAUUGCUUUAUCUUGUCAUGUGGCCUGUCACAGAAAGUCAGUUUGGUCAGUUUUAAGCACAUCAUGAAACAUGGCGGAAGGAUAUUGAACAUGGGACGGUGUAAAGCUAUAGAAGCUGUGGGUACCUACAAGAUCUGCUUGUUUUGAUUUACUGAAACAUUGUUUUUGGGACAGUCAAGGCAGUGCAAAGCACGAACAGGAAGGCGAACAUGCUGCUUAAAACUGGGGAGCUGAUCCAGUUAAGUCCUCUUGGACAUCAAGGAGGAACCCUGGACAGUAAUUAGUGUCCAGCUUCAGAUGCUUGGCCACAGCUCAUGGAAACAACAUCACCCCCGGUGCCAAACCCAAACAAGCGCACACAAUGAUUGCAGGAAAAAGACGAGCUCCUUUCAGUUGUUAAUUGCUUUGUGACUCAUCGACGCGCUUUACAUUUAAAUACGUUCAACCGCGAGAAAGGAAAGGAGUUACCGUGAUAUUUCUGUGAUCAUGUUUCUUCCCGUGUCUUGUAACUGGUGUACAUAGAGUCUUUGGUAGGGUUUGAUUAUGGUCAGAACAAAAACUUGUAUGAGUUGUUUUGUUUGACUCCAUGUUUUUGUGACGUAAAAAUAAUGGUGUUUGUUUUUUGGGGGGGUUUUGCUGUAGAAGGUCUGAGAUAUUCUCAGUGGCAACAAACGUUUCUUAGAAGUGAUCCAGACUGGACAUGGACAUCUAGCAUAAACUGUUUCGGUAAUCCUGGUACCCCACCCAACACCUUUGUGGUAAAUAUGGAGAUCAGCAGUGGUGGGGGGCAAAUAUUUUUUCUUUGCCAGGAGCUGGUAGAAGCACAUGUGCUCUUCUCUAAUUGUACUUUUCGACUGGAUUUCAAUUCAGACUGUCAUAGUUCUGAAAUCUAUCACGCUAAAACCUGAAAGGUUUCGAGGGGUGUGAAACAUUUUCCAAGCAUCUUCCAUGUAGUCAACAUUAUAGAAACUUAAAACUUUUAUUUCCACCCUACAAAGACAAGUAUUAGACUAUUUCCAACUUCCUAAGUCAUCUAACACCGAGCUGAACACUGUGAAGCUCACCGUCCCAUACAUGUGUGCUGCCAUGAACACUGGAGCAAAGACAGCUGUUUAAACGCACUUUAAUGACUUUUCAACACUUGUGGUUUCAUAACUUUCCAUCACUCUGAGGUUCUAAGCUUUUGCUGUCAAAAGAAUAUGAUUAUAAAGCACAUAUGUUUUCAACCAAUAUGCUGAAUUGCAGUUUAAAAGGCAAAUAUAUUUCACAACUGGAAAACAUUAAAAAAAAAUUACAAUUAUUUUCAAGUUUUUAAAAGUUCUGAGCCAACUUUAUGCCACUGCUAAAACAGUUAAUGCAUUAGUAAUUAACAGAUGUGUAUUUGUUAAAAAGGUCUGGAUAUAAAAUAAUGUUACAUUUGAUCUUUCCUCUUCUGAUCUUUGAGACUUAACAGGGAGAACAGCGAGACUUAAACAAUGACUGCACACCUCUGUGAAAUAAAACAGAAAUAAACUGUGUUUUGCGACAGACUCGUUUUCAGGAAAGGGCUGAUGAAUGCUCGAGUAUGUCAGAGUAACAAUGCUUGUCACAAGAUAAGCAGAUGUGACAUCUAUCUAAAUGAAAUGAAAUAAAAAUGUUUUCCAGUUACACUUUUUGUAAGAAUAAGUUAGUGAUCAUUUUUGUUGAAUUAAAGGUAAACUGAAAAUAAGAUGAAGUGCUUUUAAAUCCCUGUAGGGUGCUGGUUUGUUAAGUCUCCUAAGUGUUGCUUUUAGACAACAAUUCUUUUGAUUCCCUCAUCCUCACUUGAUAAAUUGCUACAUAAAUUGUCACUUUUUAGAGUGAAUUGGCACAAGAGUCCUUGGAAUUGUUACUUUGUGUUAAGAAAUGAUGCCAACAAUCAAAUGUGGCAUCGUCAUUCUUUGGCAUUUUCUGCUUUCUCUGCUGCUUUCUGUGUGUUCAUUCCCGUAUCUUUUCACAAAAUUCUCAGUUUCAAACAUAAAAAUUAAUAUAAUCAGCGUUUGCUAUAAACCUUAGCACAACUGAAGAGGAAAAAUGUUCAAAAUGACAAUAAAUACCUUUUAACUGCCAUGUUUAAUGUUUGGUCUUCUCCAACAAAGCUAACAGGAUGAAUAGAUUCUUUCUAAAAUUAUCGUUUAGUUGUUUUCAUUCCUAUUCAUUUUGAGAGAGGGAAGAGGUUGGCACUUUUUGAAAGAGCACACGGGUGAAAACCUGUACCUGAACUGUGUAUACUGUAGGAAGAAAUGCAUGUAGGUCCUUUGAUACUAUUCACAUAAAAAAAACAAUAAAAUUCUGAACCAAAUCCUCUUUUCUCUUGUAGAUAUCAUGGAUGUGAGAUGUAAAUAAAGUUUUGCUUUGAGCCUAUGAGAUCUUUGGAGUACAUGGAUACCUCGUAGGAUAUGCGAAAUAACACUUCUGUGCCGUGUUUGAGUAUGCUGUUGUCAUUGUAGGUGAACAUAUUUGAACUUACUGAUAAAUGAAGCUCCGUUCGAGUGAACUGUUGUGGUCUGAGACUAAUUGUAAAUGUUGGCUUGUUGGGUUUUGCAUGAGUCAGCGAGAUUCUUUAGUUCCUUUAUGUAUAAUGUCACACAAAAAUGAAGAAGAAAAACGAUUAGCACAUUUAUUGUGAUGUCAGCACCUGCUAAAGGAAGCAGGCAUAGUUGGUGCAAGGUUAGGUUGAAAGACACAGAAAGCUGGAAACUCUUUGUAUCUUUUUGCCUCCUGUAGCUAACGACCCAGAGCUGCAUUGCUGUCAAAUUCCAUUAUUGUAUUGUUUAAUAAAGGUAAUUUAAAACAGG